GCUCUAACUUGUGUGGAUGUGGUUUCAGUGGCGUAGUACUGUGAGACGGAAGCAGCAGGAAGACGAUUUCAGCUACGCUCGAGAGCUCAGAGACCGAGAGCAGAGGCUGCAGGCCCUCGAGGAGCAGCUGGAGCGCCGGGCACGGAUGGAUCUGAUCACUCAGUACAGUCAGUUAUCAGAAGCUGCUGCGAGACGAGAGCUCAAAGCCAUGUGGAAGGUGCAGAGGAUGAAACUCGACGAGCGCAGAGUGAACUUCCUGCAGCAAGAACAACAGAAUGUACAGGCUCUUCUGGAGAAGUUUCCUGUAGGUCAGGAGGGCCCCCCUCCAGAAAUAUCCCAAAUGCUACAAUCCGCACAACUACACUCUGAGCUCUCUGAGCAGCAGAAUCCUCUCACAGAAUCAUUUGCUCCCUCCUGCUCUCCUGCCAUUGGUGAUACUCAAGCUCAUAAUUCAGAGGAAAUUGACGUAGCUGACUUCCUCCCGAAGCCUCCGUACGUCACUGAUAGUGGUGCCAUGACCCAGGCCCUCCACAACAUUGGAUCCAACCUCCUGCAAUCCCCUCAGAAACCCCACCCAGAGCAGCCACACCCAUUGACCUCCCACAUAUGCAUUGGUGAAAACGUUUCAGAAUCCCUGGAGUCUGUCCCUGUUGCUAAUAUAUAUGCACGGGCAUCCAAAUCCAGCUUCCUACGGGGUCAGUUCACUCCAGAGGUGCCAGCAGGUCAGCCGAAGGCUAGUGUUCAUGGACACCCUUCACAGAGCUCUGUGCAGCUGGGAGGCUCGUCUGCCUCAGGGCAGAUCAAGGGCCCAAUCCGCUCUGAGUCAAACACCCCUGCACAAACCACUCAGGAGCGAACAUGUGAGGCAGAGAGCGAUAGCCAGUGUACAGAAAAACAACCGACUGGAGAUGAGACAGGAACAGAGCCUUCGGCGGCCAGCACAGGUUCAGAGCCAAAGCAAGCCGCCCAAGAGCCAACAGAGGAAGCCAAGUCCUGUGAGAGUGUCAGCCAGCCCUCUCACUGUUCUCAGCCAGAGCAAGAACAAUCUGUGUAUCUUCUCAGAGGCUUCCAUGAGUCAGAGUCUGAUUCUGAAAUGAGAAAUAACAGCCGUGAUCCUGAUCCAACACUGAUCUCAUCUUUACCCUCGUCUGAUGUCUCUGGUCACGCCUCUGAUGCCCAUAUAAGGGUUGGGGAGUAUGUUUCAGAGGUAACCCCUCCUCUUUUCACACCUAACAUCCAUGGCCACACCUCUGAUGCCCAUAUAAGGGUUGGCGAGUAUAUUUCAGAGGUAACCACUCCUCUUCCCACACCUAACAUCCAUGGCCACGCCUCUGAUGCCCAUAUAAGGGCUGGGGAGUAUGUUUCAGAGGUAACCAGUCCUCUUCCCACACCUAACAUCCAUGGCCAGGCCUCUGAUGCCCUUAUAAGGAUUGGCGAACAUGUUUCUAAGGUUAUCACUCCUAUUCCCACACCUAACAUCCAUGGUCACGCAUCUGAUGCCCAUAUAGGUGUUGGUGAACAUGUUUCUGAGGUGACCAAUCCUCUUUCGACACCUAACAUCCAUGGCCACGCCUCUGACGCCCAUAUAAGGGUUGGUAAACAUGUUUCCGAAGUGACCAAUCCCGUUCACAUCGCUAAUAUUCAUGGCCACACCUCUGAUGCCCAUAUAAGGGUUGGUGAACAUGUUUCCGAAAUGACUAAUCCCAUCCACACUGCUAAUAUUCAUGGCCACGCCUCUGACGCCCAUAUAAGGGUUGGUAAACAUGUUUCCGAAGUGACCAAUCCCGUUCACAUCGCUAAUAUUCAUGGCCACACCUCUGAUGCCCAUAUAAGGGUUGGUGAACAUGUUUCCGAAAUGACUAAUCCCAUCCACACUGCUAAUAUUCAUGGCCACGCCUCUGACGCCCAUAUAAGGGUUGGUGAACAUGUUUCCGAAAUGACUAAUCCCAUCCACACUGCUAAUAUUCAUGGCCACGCCUCUGACGCCCAUAUAAGGGUUGGUGAAAAUGUUUCCGAAGUGACUAAUCCCGUUCACACCGCUAAUAUUCAUGGCCACGCCUCUGACGCCCAUAUAAGGGUUGGUAAACAUGUUUCCGAAGUGACCAAUCCCGUUCACAUCGCUAAUAUUCAUGGCCACACCUCUGAUGCCCAUAUAAGGGUUGGUGAACAUGUUUCCGAAAUGACUAAUCCCAUCCACACUGCUAAUAUUCAUGGCCACGCCUCUGACGCCCAUAUAAGGGUUGGUGAACAUGUUUCCGAAAUGACUAAUCCCAUCCACACUGCUAAUAUUCAUGGCCACGCCUCUGACGCCCAUAUAAGGGUUGGUGAAAAUGUUUCCGAAGUGACUAAUCCUGUUCACACCGCUAAUAUUCAUGGCCACGCCUCUGAUGCCCAUAUAAGGGUUGGUGAACAUGUUUCCGAAGUGACCAAUCCCGUUCACACCGCUAAUAUUCAUGGCCACGCCUCUGACGCCCAUAUAAAGGUGGGUGAACAUGUUUCAGAAGUGACCAAUCCCGUCCACACUGCUAAUAUUCAUGGCCAUGCCUCUGACGCCCAUAUAAGGGUUGGUGAACAUGUUUCAGAAGUGACCAAUCCCAUCCACACCGCUAAUAUUCACGGCCACGCCUCUGACGCCCAUAUAAGGGUUGGUGAACAUGUUUCAGAAGUGACUAAUCCCAUCCACACUGCUAAUAUUCAUGGCCAUGCCUCUGACGCCCAUAUAAAGGUGGGUGGAUUUAUGUCAGAUGUUGCCUCCUCUCAGCCACGUUGGAGCAAAUAUGGUCAUUCCUCUGACAGCACCCUUAAAGUGGGUUGUGCGAUGCCCGAUGCUGCCCCAUUAUACACUCCUCAAUCUGGCAGCUCUUUCGGUCAUGCAUCUGACUCCACAUUGACAGUCGGGUGUGUUGUCUCAGGCGUACAUCCUCAACCGUCUCCAUUACCUGGCAGUGCGUAUGGACAUUCCUCACAGUCCACCUUGGGUAUCGGGUGUGUGGUUCGUGGGACCACUCGACCCAGUUCUCUUUACAGCGGUGGCUACGGGCAUUCGUCAGACUCUGCUCUAGGUAUGGGCUGCAUGGUUGGCGGGGUGGUGCCAGGGAGUUUAUACGGUGGCAGACCACCAUUCAAUGCUGACCGAACAUCAGAAGAUGCAGAGAAUCCAGCCAACCAUGACAUCCAGGCAGCGCCCCCUAGUGAGCUGUUCUCCCUGGAUCAGGGACUGUCUGCCUGGGCUCUGGGACUGGGAUUGUCCCCUAAAGAGAGUCCAGAGGAUCGUUAUCUUCUCAGCCUGGCCUCACAGUACCAAGUGGAGCAGUACCAGGACUCGUACGGCCUGAUGACUUCGGCUCCGGACUCUGAGCUGCUGCUGCAGGUGACACGGGGUCCGAACGGUCUUCCUGUAGAUCCGUCUCUGCACAGGGCCACUGACAUCUCUGCUGUUCAGCUCAAUGAGAUGAUGCCACUUCCUGUUCUCAUGAAACACUCAGUUACAACACCACUGAUUACACAUGUGUCUAUGGUAAACAAGGCCGUGGUGGAUUAUUUCUUCGUGGAGUUGGGUGUGGAGAAGCACUUUGAGACACUCAGGCAUUUUCUGUUAAUGGAGGAUGGAGAGUUUGCCCUCUCUCUCAGCGAUCAGCUCUUUGAGAAGCUGGGCAGUGGUCAGACGCCCGGUGAGCUGCUGACCCCGCUGGUGUUGAACUCCAUUCUCAACAAGGCCUUACAGUACAGCGUUCACGGCGACAGCGAGCUGGCGGCUCACUUCACGUUCGCUCUGCGAUACCUCCCGGAGAUCUUCCAUCCUCACGCACCAGACUCGCUGAACUGUCUGGAGCUCCGCUACAAGGUGGACUGGCCGGUGAAUAUCGUCAUCACAGACAGCUGUCUGAACAAAUACAACAGACUCUUCUCCUUCCUGCUGCAGCUCAAACACAUGGUGUGGUCCCUCCGAGACGUCUGGUUUCACCUCAAGAGGACGGCGCUGGUGAAAGGUGCCGGUCGCUCCGCUCAGUUUCAUCAGCUGCAGCUCUACAGACACGAGAUGCAGCACUUUGUGAAGGUGAUCCAGGGCUACAUCGCUAACCAGAUCCUUCAGGUGUCCUGGAGCGAGUUCACACACAAACUGAGCAGCGCCAACGACCUGGACGCCAUCCACCGCACACACGCCGAAUACCUCAACAGAGCCAUCUUCAGGGGUUUGCUGACGGAGAAAGCUGCCCCGGUCAUGAACAUCAUCCACAGCAUCUUUAGUCUGAUCCUGAAGUUUCGCGGCCAGCUGAUCGCGCAGCCGUGGGAGCUCCAGCAGGGGGAGCCGGUGCAUCCCAGUUUCAUUGCCAUGCAGCAGUCCUACAACACCUUCAAAUACUACUCCCGCUUCCUGUUCAAAGUGGUGACCAAACUGGUGGAUAAAGGUUAUCAGCCCCAUCUGGAGGACUUCCUGUUGCGGAUCAACCUCAAUAACUACUACAAAGACUCUUGAGUGACCUCUGACCUGCUGCUUUAGUGUCGUGUCAGUGUGUCUAUAACCAAAGCCAUCGAUUACGAUUGCUCUUAGCUGUUUUGCAGUGACAAACUCAAAUCUGUUUUGCUCUGUAGUGAUGCGGUGCAGUGUUUCCUGUCGUGAUGUGUGCACAGACGCUUUUCUCCACACAGGCUAGGAGAUGUGUAAAAUAAACUAUUUAAUUUUCA